ACUUCUACAAAUAGGAAAGCAGAAUGAGAGUUGAAGCACUUCAAAGCUUCAUUUCUUUGCUACUCUCUUCUCUCUUCUUUUUUUCUCUCUUUCUCAUUCUCAAAAGAACAGUUUUAUUUGGAUGGACGAGACACAACAGGAACUAACGCAAGAACAAAUAAUGGAGUUUAAAGAGGCGUUUUGUUUGUUUGACAAAGAUGGUGAUGGUUGCAUCACUGCUGAUGAACUUGCCACUGUGAUUCGCUCGUUGGAUCAGAAUCCGACCGAACAAGAGCUUCAAGAUAUGAUCAAUGAGAUCGACUCCGAUGGUAACGGCACCAUCGAGUUCUCUGAGUUCCUCAACCUCAUGGCCAACAAAAUCCAGGAAACUGAUGUAGAUGAGGAGCUGAAAGAAGCAUUCAAAGUGUUUGACAAAGACCAAAAUGGCUACAUCUCUGCCAGUGAGUUGAGGCAUGUGAUGAUCAAUCUUGGGGAGAAGCUAACAGAUGAAGAGGUUGAUCAAAUGAUAAAGGAGGCAGAUUUGGAUGGUGAUGGUCAAGUCAACUAUGAUGAAUUUGUGAGGAUGAUGAUGAACAGCGGUUAAAUUGCAAAUCAAUUUUACCCGCUAAUGUAUUAUCUUUUCUAUAUUUGUUAAUCCAUUUUCUUCUUCGAUCUCAGAAUAUCAUAUUUCCCUUUUUCCAAUUAAAUUCAUUUAAGCUUUUCACAUUCAACCAUAGAAUAGUUCUUUUUAUUUAUUUGAAUUCUUAAUAUGUAUAUCUGGUGUAUAGUAUAUUUAUUUAGCUAUUUAUUGAAAACGUAAAUC